AAGUGCAUUGUGGGCACUGUGGAUAUUUCUUUCUGCAGCAAUGGCGGAUACCUUUGGAGAUGAGUUGUUUAGCGUGUUUGAGGAGGACCAAACAAGCACUAAGAAGCGGCAAAAUGAGAAUAUUGGAUCACAACCAGGGAAAUCGGCUCAGGGGAAGGAUAAAACGGAAAACAGCUCUGCUGCUAAGAGCAAGCGAGAGCUUGAUAAUGAUGGCACAGAUGAAGUAAUCUUUGGGAAGAAGCCGAAGAUCGAGACUGUAUCUGCAGAAGAAAUAAAUCUUGCAGAUCUUAUGCCCAAAGUAAGGGUGGAACAGGUGGAGACUGUGGAAGGCUGCACGCAUGAGGUUGCUCUACCAGCAAAUGAAGAGUACACCCAGCUAAAGCCACGUGUUGGAAAAGCAGCAAAGGAGUAUCCAUUCAUUCUGGACCCUUUCCAAAGGGAAGCUAUUUUAUGCUUGGACAACAACCAGUCCGUGCUGGUGUCAGCCCAUACCUCUGCAGGAAAAACUGUAUGUGCAGAGUAUGCAAUUGCAUUAGCUCUGAGGGAGAAGCAACGAGUUAUAUUUACCAGCCCUAUUAAAGCCCUAAGCAACCAGAAAUACCGGGAGAUGUACGAGGAGUUCCAGGAUGUAGGCUUGAUGACUGGUGAUGUCACAAUCAAUCCCACAGCUUCAUGCCUUGUCAUGACCACUGAGAUUUUAAGAAGUAUGUUGUACAGAGGAUCGGAGGUUAUGAGGGAAGUAGCGUGGGUUGUUUUUGAUGAAAUCCAUUACAUGAGAGAUGCAGAGCGUGGUGUGGUGUGGGAAGAAACCAUUAUUCUCCUCCCAGAUAAUGUGCACUAUGUUUUCUUGUCUGCUACCAUUCCAAAUGCACGGCAGUUUGCUGAGUGGAUCUGCCACCUUCACAAACAGCCUUGCCACGUUAUCUAUACAGACUAUCGGCCUACUCCACUGCAACACUAUAUCUUUCCAGCAGGGGGAGAUGGACUUCACUUAGUGGUGGAUGAAAAUGGAGAGUUCAGAGAAGAUAAUUUCAACACAGCAAUGCAAGUGCUCAGAGACUCUGGUGACAGCGGCAAAUGGGAUCCAAAAGGACGUAAAGGAGGGACAAAAGGACCAUCUAAUGUUUUCAAGAUAGUGAAGAUGAUCAUGGAGCGGAAUUUCCAGCCUGUAAUCAUUUUCAGUUUCAGCAAGAAGGAAUGCGAAGCCUAUGCACUGCAGGUGUCAAAGCUCGACUUCAAUACAGAGGAGGAGAAGAAGCUUGUUGAGGAGGUCUUUAAUAAUGCUAUUGAUUGUCUCUCUGAUGAAGACAAGAAACUUCCACAAGUUGAACAUGUUUUGCCUCUUCUGAAGAGAGGAAUUGGGAUUCACCAUGGGGGCCUGCUUCCUAUUUUGAAGGAGACAAUUGAGAUUCUCUUCUCUGAAGGGUUGCUCAAGGCAUUGUUUGCCACAGAGACAUUUGCCAUGGGCAUCAACAUGCCAGCCAGGACAGUGCUGUUCACGAGUGCCCGCAAGUUUGAUGGGAAGGAUUUCCGCUGGAUAACAUCAGGUGAAUACAUUCAGAUGUCUGGUCGUGCUGGCAGGCGAGGCAUGGAUGAACGAGGAAUUGUCAUCUUCAUGGUUGAUGAAAAGAUGAGCCCUACAGUGGGAAAACAGCUUCUCAAGGGCUCUGCUGAUCCUCUCAACAGUGCUUUCCAUCUCACUUAUAACAUGGUCCUUAACCUGUUGCGUGUUGAAGAGAUCAAUCCAGAGUACAUGUUGGAGAAGUCUUUCUACCAGUUUCAGCACUACAGAGCUGUCCCAGGGGUCGUGGAUAAAAUGAAGAAACUGGAAGGACUGUAUAAUGAGAUUGAAAUCCCUAAUGAAGAAAGUGUGGUUACCUACUACAAAAUUCGCCAACAGCUGGCCAAGCUUGGAAAGGAGAUUGAAGAGUACAUUCAUAAACCCAAGUACUGCUUGCCCUUUCUGCAGCCUGGGAGACUGGUCAAAGUGAAAAAUGAUGACAAUGAUUUUGGAUGGGGGGUUGUCAUUAAUUUCUCAAAAAAAUCAAAUGUAAAGGCCAACACUGGGGACCUGGAUCCUCUUUAUGUGGUGGAGGUGCUAGUGCACUGCAGCAAAGAGAGUGUCAAGAAUGCUGCAACAGAGGCUGCCAAACCUGCCAAGCCUGGAGAGAAGGGAGAAAUGCAGGUUGUUCCUGUGAUGCUCCAUCUUCUUGCAUCAAUUAGUUCAGUCAGGCUUUACAUCCCCAAAGACCUUAGACCAUUUGACAACAGACAAAGUGUCCUCAAAUCCAUUCAGGAAGUGCAAAAACGUUUUCCUGAUGGGAUACCUCUUCUGGAUCCCAUUGACGAUAUGGGAAUCAAGGACCAGGGGCUGAAGAAAGUAAUCCAGAAAGUAGAAGCCUUUGAGCACAGGAUGUACUCGCACCCUCUACAUAAUGACCCUAACCUGGACUCCGUGUACAAGCUAUGUGAGAAGAAAGCACAGAUUGCUGGAGACCUAAAGGCAGCAAAGAGAGAGCUGAAGAAAGCCAGGACAGUGCUGCAGAUGGAUGAACUUAAGUGCCGAAAACGAGUCCUUAGGCGGCUGGGUUUUUCAACCUCCUCUGAUGUCAUUGAGAUGAAAGGACGCGUUGCAUGUGAAAUCAGCAGUGCGGACGAACUCCUGUUGACAGAAAUGAUUUUUAAUGGCCUCUUCAAUGACCUAACUUCUGAACAAGCAACAGCUUUGCUCAGCUGUUUUGUGUUCCAGGAAAAUGCCAAUGAAAUGCCUAAGAUGACGGAGCAGCUGGCAGGACCUCUGCGGCAGAUGCAGGAAUGUGCUAAGCGGAUAGCCAAAGUAUCAGCAGAAGCCAAGCUGGAAGUUGAUGAAGAGAUGUACCUCAAUUCUUUCCGCCCCCAUUUGAUGGAUGUGGUCUAUACUUGGGCCAACGGAUCAACAUUUGCCCAGAUUUGCAAAAUGACAGAUGUUUUUGAAGGCAGCAUUAUCCGGUGUAUGAGACGUUUGGAGGAGCUGCUGAGACAAAUGUGUCAGGCCGCAAAGGCCAUAGGAAACACUGAGUUGGAAAACAAGUUUGCAGAAGGUAUCACGAAGAUCAAGAGAGACAUUGUGUUUGCUGCCAGUCUUUAUUUAUAAGUGGAUUAUUUUUUACCUGCAGUUAAGUAACUAGUCACUUGACUGAACUCAAACUAAGUCUUCUAUAAUAGUUGUACAAGAAAUGAGGGUACAUUUUUUGAAUAUUUUAUUUUUGUUCAUACGUGAACAAGCAUGAUAAAUUUCAAAAGCUUAAAAACAUAGCUUUGUACAUAGUUUUAAGUUUUAAUAAAAAAAAUACUGAAA